AUGGAUUCGCUGAAAAAGGCUGCUCUGAACCUUCGUGAUCGCAUCACCAAAACCCCUCUUGAGCGCAUGGUCGCAGAAGUCUGCAGUGAUGAGAACUAUGGCACAUCUAAUACACUUCUCCACGAUAUCGCUGAGAAAACCUAUAAUCCUGAGGAAAGAGCAGUCAUCAUGCGGUGCACAUGGGAAUACCUGAAAUCCAGCCCAAAAGAAUGGCGAAGAAUAUACAAAGCGCUGAAUCUUGCAGAGUAUUUAUUGAAGUUCGGCUCGGCCUCCUGCAUUAAUGAAAUAAGGGAUGAAGGAUUUAAAAUUCGCCUGCUUCAAGAUUUUUCAUACCGAGAGAACAGUGAAGAGCGCGGAACUGGCAUCAGAGAUAAAUGCAAAUAUAUCAACCAAUUAAUAGCUGACCACAGAUUUCUUGAUGAAGAAAGAGAAAAAGCGAAAAAGCUGUGGAAUAAAUUUUCAGGGUCUUCAUCUGAUGGUGGUAGAGGGUACCAUACAGAAAGAAGCCAAGGGUAUAAUGAUGAAUAUAACAGAGGGUCUUAUGAUCCUUACCCAGAAAGGAGAAGACAAACAGAAAAUGGCCAGCAACAAGACCAAGAAUAUCAGCCGUAUGGACAAUCGAAUUAUACUGAGCCUGAUUACAGAGAGCAAGGCCAAGAUAUAGCUCCAACAAGGAACGAGCAAUCUAACGUUGACAUUUUUUCAGCACCUGCAGUGAAACCUGCAGCUCACAAUCGGAUAGCUUCUCAGCCUGCAAGGAUUGUUCCACCUCCAAGUGGAGGGAAUCUAUUCAAUAAUGUUACAGUAAAAAACACAAAUUCAAAUUUUCCAGAGCCUGCCUGGAAUCAGCCAGUACAAAAACCAGCAGAUAUUUGGGGCCAGCCUGCAGUACAAAAAGCUCCUGAAGCUUUUAAUGCAUUUUCACAAGCUCCUCAGAAGCAGGAAAAUGUGUUAGAAGCUAUUUGGGGAGAGACUUCAAACAGUGCGCCAUCAAAUACUUGGACUCAGCCAACGAGUUCUCAGCCUUCAUGAAAUCAGCCACGCCAAGAAUUGUUCACUCCACAGAAUCCUCAAGCUACUUCAGACCCAUGGGGAUUGCCAUCACAUACGAAGACUCCUUCUCAGCCUCUGCCAUUUUCUAGUACACUUCCAUCAAACCCUCCAUCUCAUUCCAAUAUUCCUCAAUCAAUUUCUUCAUCUUAUUCGAGCCAACUUCCAUCAUUUCCCAAUAAUCCUCCUGCUUAUUCCAAGCCAGCUGAAACCAAGCCCCAAAAUCCACUUGAUAACUUAUGGGGAAAUUCAAAAGUUCCAUCAACUUAUAAUGACUCGGCAUGAAAUGGGAUCUCAAUUCCAUCAAGCCAAACUCCUAAAACGAAUUCUGCAUGGUCAACCCAAAAUUCUUCAUAUACAGGCUCUUCUAUACCUGCAGAUGUUUGGGGAAAUCAAGCAGAGAGUAUCCCUCAGGGAGGGCAAGGACAAAGCGGAACUCAAAGUUUGAAAUUAAAUCUUAAUAUGCAAGAUAGUCAAGGACUUACUAUGUCUCAGCUCAAAGCAAAUCCAAGACAAAUGGACUUCACUAGCUUCCAGUCAGCUCCUGUACAGCCUUCAAGGCCUGUCGAUUUAGAAGCAAAGUUAAUGAAUCUUGAUAGUCUAGAACUAGGCCAGCCAAGCCUAAACAAUACUCAGCAAAAAUACAAUAACUAUAGAAGCAGUAGGUAUUAA